GGCCCGCCCAGGUGGAUGAAAUCUUGCUGGGGAGCCCGGCCGCUCAGUUCCCGAUUCUGUCGGGGGUGCCCGCAGCACGGGCUCUGCAGGCUGCUAAGGAUGGGCAAGCUUAGCCCGUGCACUGGCAGGAGCCGGCCUGGAGGUCCCGGGCCGCAGCUGCCACUCUUGCUGCUGCUGCUGCAGCUGCUGCUGCUGCUGCUGUCGCCGGCCCGGGCCUCCGGAGCUACCCAGCCUCCGCAUGUGGUCUUCGUGCUGGCGGACGACCUGGGCUGGAACGACUUGGGUUUUCACGGCUCGGUCAUCCGCACGCCGCACCUGGAUGCGCUGGCGGCCGGCGGCGUGGUCCUGGACAACUACUACGUGCAGCCGCUGUGCACGCCCUCGCGGAGCCAGCUGCUCACCGGCCGCUAUCAGAUCCAUUUGGGCUUACAGCAUUACCUCAUCAUGACCUGUCAGCCCAGCUGUGUUCCCCUAGACGAAAAACUCCUGCCCCAGCUUUUAAAGGAAGCAGGCUAUGCUACGCACAUGGUCGGGAAAUGGCACCUGGGGAUGUACCGGAAAGAAUGUCUGCCGACACGCCGAGGAUUCGAUACCUACUUCGGAUACCUCCUAGGCAGUGAAGACUAUUACACCCACGAGGCCUGUGCGCCGAUUGAGUCUUUGAAUGGUACCCGCUGUGCGCUUGACUUAAGAGAUGGUGAAGAACCUGCAAAAGAGUAUAACAAUAUUUACUCAACAAACAUAUUUACCAAAAGGGCUACAACCGUCAUAGCUAACCACCCACCGGAGAAACCACUGUUCCUCUACCUUGCUUUCCAGUCUGUCCACGAUCCCCUGCAGGUCCCUGAGGAGUACAUGGAGCCAUAUGGCUUCAUCCAAGAUAAGCACAGACGUAUUUAUGCAGGGAUGGUGUCCCUCAUGGAUGAAGCAGUGGGGAACGUCACCAAAGCCUUGAAAAGCCACGGGCUCUGGAACAACACGGUCUUCAUCUUCUCCACAGAUAACGGUGGGCAGACUAGGUCUGGAGGCAACAACUGGCCACUCCGAGGAAGGAAGGGGACCCUGUGGGAAGGGGGCAUCCGAGGAACGGGCUUCGUGGCAAGCCCCUUGCUGAAACAGAAAGGCGUGAAGAGCCGGGAACUCAUGCACAUCACCGAUUGGCUCCCCACACUCGUAGAUCUGGCUGGGGGAAGCACUAAUGGAACCAAACCUCUGGAUGGCUUCAACAUGUGGAAGACAAUCAGUGAAGGACACCCAUCCCCGAGAGUGGAGCUGCUACACAACAUCGAUCAGGACUUUUUUGAUGGCUUGCCAUGUCCUGGCAAGAACAUGACUCCAGCAAAGGACGAUUCUUUUCCGUUAGAACAUUCUGCCUUUAACACGUCUAUCCAUGCUGGGAUCAGAUACAAAAAUUGGAAACUCCUCACGGGCCACCCAGGCUGUGGUUACUGGUUCCCGCCUCCGUCUCAGUCCAACGUCUCUGAGAUACCUCCAGUGGACCCACCAACCAAGACUCUCUGGCUUUUUGAUAUCAAUCAGGACCCUGAAGAAAGACACGACGUGUCCCGAGAGCACCCCCACAUCGUCCAGAACCUUCUUUCCCGCCUGCAGUACUACCAUGAACAUUCUGUGCCUUCUCACUUCCCACCCUUGGACCCCCGCUGCGAUCCCAAGAGCACUGGUGUGUGGAGCCCCUGGAUGUAGGGCUCUGGGGAGUAAGGGGGGCUGGAGCCCAUUUCUGGGCAGGCUAGACCUCAGGCCCCUACUCCCCUGGCUUCUCUUCUUUAUCAUCCCCCACCCUGUCACCUGGCCCUCAUGCUACAUAACCCACCAAAGGAGUCCAAUUUCAACCCACAGUACAUUCUAAAAGCCAGUAAAAUCUGGAAGGAUCUUGCUGUUGGCUGGAGUUAGUGUCUGGGGCCAGGGUGGCCGGGUUCAUCCUGCUUCCUAAACUACAGACGCUGGGAACUUGACAUAGGAAGUUAUCCCUGAGUCCUGGAGGCCAGGACAGCUGGCUCUUUUUGCUUCACAAGUCAGCUGUUAGAACUCCCUCUGCUAAUAACCAGCUUUAUUGGCAAGACACAUUUCUUGUAACAAAGGCAGGGAGCAGAUGUUGCUAGUGGUUCUGUUGGCUGUGAGUGCUCCCUGUCUGUGAGCUCUUACUCGGGCUUUCCGCACCCAUGACCCUAACCCUAACCCUAACCCUAACCCUAACCCUAACCCUAACCCUAACCCUAGCCCUAGCCCUAGCCCUAGCCCUAGCCCUAACCCAUCCGCUCACUCAUCUUCCUGUGGAGCGCACAGCCCAUUGCAGUAAGCCAGCAUGGAGACAUGCCUGUGCCGUGGUUUUGGUUUCCAUGAUAACUAAAUGUGUUUUUAUCUCCACCCCCACCCCCACCCACUAUUGCUCAUUCUGUCUAGACUUCUGCUACCCAGCUUGUGUGGCUCUGUUCCUGUCAUGCCUUUGGACUUCACUGUCCUGUGCCUGAGGUCUCUCUCCCCUCUGCUUCACCCAUUCUGAGCUUUAGGAUAGUCCUAAGCCCUGCCCAGAGGAGGUGGACUGGUCAUUCUGUGUCCAUGCUAAUGGGAGUUGUGGGUCUGUGGCAUCUGCUAAGGAGGAUUAUUCACAGUUGCAUGGAAUCUGUCAAGAUUGUGGCUAUAUCUCCCACUAUGCCAUGGUCUAUGCUGUUUUCUCAAGCAGUGGCAAGAAAGGCCAGGAUAGCACUUCUUCGCCCUGAGCAGUCUCAGAAAGGAAGUGGCCAUGGAAUGUUGGCCUCAGUAAGGCAGAGGAGACACCAUCCAUGUCCCUUUCAUUCUCUGUUUCACUGCCCUGUUCUGGGGCUCUGGAUUCUGGGCUUGGAGAAUGAGGAUACACUAUUUGACUGUCAGCCCUUUCUCAGACCCUCAUACAUCUUACCGAUGUGAGUCCACCAGAUUCGCAGCAGGGUGUGUCAAACCCAGUGGUACUUCUCAUUAACACCUCUGUCUCAUUCACAGUUUAUCACCAACAUCAGCAACCAUGUCUGCGACAUAAUAGAUAGCCAGUACUUUUUAAAAAUGAAUUAAUAAACAAAGUAAACGAGAAAGAGUUACCUGGCAUUUACUAGUCCAGUGAGCUGACUGUAAGGGCAGAAUAAAUAUCCUCCAGCCCUUCCGAUUCUGUCCUCAAGCUGUCCCCUCCCACCUCUGCGCUAGCGGGAGAAUGAUCUGGGCAGUCAAUGAAUGGCAGGUCUGUGAUGGCCUCUGCAGGUAGACAAAAGAGAAUUCUGCUUCCCGGGAAGUCUCCUUUGCCAGCAAUCUCCAUUUCCAUUCUUCACUGCACACUAGGAAUUAAAACCACCAAAUAAUAUGAUAUGCACAGUCAUCUUCAGUUCAGUAGCAGCAUCUCCUGGUCAUUAAUAUUCUGUAUUUUAUUAUGGUAAGAGUAUUAUAAGAAAAUGGUACUAUGGCUAAUGACAUCUUUUACCAACCUUUACCCAACUUGGCUGACAUAUAGCCUGCCAUUAGGACACUUUUUACUCCAAAGACUGUGACAGAGUCUGAGUGACAUGAGUCUGAAUACUCCUCCUGUGUCCUCCUGUAGCUAUAGGUGGACUGACGGUCCCUACUUCAUAACACCUACCUGAUCGUUCCUUAGUGUUCUCAGAACAGCUGUCCUCAGUUCCAGCUGUGACUGUAGGCAGUGUUUGGAAUAUUAGCAUAACUAAUGGAUUUAAGAAGACUUUCAGAAAGUGAUUCUUAAAAAUAACUGGAGGUUUUGUCUGAUAAAACAAAUAGAAUGGAAUAUGUCUCAGAUUAUAUCUCAUUGGAUUUUCAUGUUUGAUACAAAAGUAAAAGCUUGAUAACCUAUUUUUAGAGAUAUUAAUGUUAGUUCUUUCCAAUUUUGUUUAACCUUGAAGAUUUUAUUUAACUUGUGAACUUACUCCUUUGUUAUGCCAUGAUUGUUCCAGAUUUGAGGAACAAAAUAAAAUAAAAUCUUUCUAAAACUA